ACGUGACCGAGUUCGGUCGCCACCGCUGUUUCACUCCUCUGAGGAGAUUUGUGUUGUUUUCCCCCCUCAGCGGACACCUGGAGAGGGGUUCGGGUCCCGCAAAACCAGAAACGGAAACUUAAUCGGUUCUCUGUCACCGAAAAGAUGGGAAUUAGUCACUUUUGUGUUUGUGAAGAACACACCACCGAGUAGCGACAGAAAAACCCCAACUCCCGGCUUUCACUCGUCUCUCGAGUAGUUUUUCUUUUAUAUGUGUGUAUAUCUUUGUACCGAGCAAAACACACGUUUUCAGACGUUUCCGCCAUUUUCAAAAGUGGACUUGUGUCACGGGUAGUGUUUCCACGUCGUCGGUUGUGUUCGUGGGGGAAAGUUAACGCGUUGUUAAACGGCGGUUUUAACGUCAGAACUCCGGGUUAGUUUGGAAGGAACCGCGCGUGAGGGAGUUCUGGAUUUUACCGGAUCUUAACGGAAUCUUGGAGAACUUUGGGCUACACAUACUUGUAGAGGAACGCGCACACACACACACACACACACACACGGAGUCGACUUCAUAGCGUUUCUUUCUACUGAGGCAACAACAACAACAUUGUCAGGUUUUUUUUUUUUCACCUCACAGCAAAAUGAGCCGUUAUUUUGUCCGGCUUUACACGGACUAGCUAAGCUAACCUUCCCCCGCUUUAGUUGUUUAUUUUUUCCCCCCUUCUUUUUUCUUUCUCUCAGCUAAUUAUUUGUCUUCCUCAGCUGUGCCUCAGGGGUGACGAGGCCCCUCGGGGAGCUGCUUGCGGUGUCAAAUCUCUGCUCGUGCUAACGCAUAGCCGCGCGCGCGGGCACGGAGACGCGCGUGGUACGCGGCGCGUGAGCACUCUCCUGAAGAAGACGCGCUGUGAAGAGAGAGAGAGAGGCGCGCGGCGGUAUCAGGAGCUGGAUACCUGUUAACUUUUCUGUCUGCGUGCGUGCGUGCGCGUGUGUGUAUGUGUGGUUGAGAGUGUGUGGCUCGUAGCCGCGGGAAGAGCUUCGUGGUCACUGUUCGGCAUUCCGUAAUGGACGCGAAAGCCUUCGGUCAAGUUUUUCACCGUCCUGUUCUUGCGGUAUCUUGCACAGGCUCGGAUACCGGACUGUAACCGAGUCGCAACCGGAAUAUCUCGGAGGCGAACAGCGUUCAUUUAUCGCCAAGCGGAUUUAUACAGGACAAGUACGAUGUCAUUUGCACGGGUCUGCUUGGGAGCUCUGCUGCUGUGGACGAUUGUUUCUGAUGUUGCAGGUAAAGUUUCACCCACCAACUAUGAUGCCCUACUCAAUGUCCCUGCUGCUACUGCCACCUCCAGCCCCCCAGACCUCUAUCUUCCUGCCAGCUUCAAGCUCUCCAACACCCAACUGGCCUUCUUUCUUGAAGAGAGCCGAACUCCAGUCCGAAAUGUCCCUUACGGCCACCCCUUGCAUCGUUCUGAGAGCUUUGUGGUCUUUCAGACCAGGGAGUUACCCUCAGUCAACAUCUCUCUGGGUCCUUUCACCCAGGACCAGACUCUUUCCAAAGAUCUUUUACAGCCUUCAAGUCCCCUGGACAUCCCGGGUAGGCUGACAGUCAACUGGAAGGUGCGAGCCUUUAUCGUACAGUCUAAGGUCUUCGCAAGCAACCCAGUGGUCCAGGUGCUGUUUUACAUUGCAGGCCGGGACUGGGAUGACUUCAAGGUCCAGGACAAGCUGCCUUGUGUGAGGUUACAUGCCUUCCGGGAUGUUCGGGAGAUCAAGACUUCUUGCAGACUCCAGGGUAACUUGGCACAGUGCUUGGCCCAGCUGGACCUUCCUUCUACAUGGUUCAAUGUCAACGUGGCACCUUUGGGACGCAGGAAGCCCUCAGUCGCAGACGUUCUGGAGAUGACCGGGGAAACCCUCCAGGCGGAGCUCUACUACACCCUCCAUGAUCCGGACAGCAAAGGGGAGUGUGGCGAAAGUUACCCCAGGCGAGGAGGAGGGUCCAGGGCGGAGAGCACAUCCCAGCAACCACUACUUCGGAUUGGGAGCAUCAGCCUGUACCAGCCCAGUCAGGAGCAACUAGUAGUGGACAAGCAACUGGACAAGAACCUCUUCUUGAGGCUUCCUGACAAACCGUUAAAGCCUGGCGAGACUCUCAACAUCUACCUGUACUUGGUGCCAAACUCAACAGUGGAACAGUUCACGCUCAAGGUGAAAGCGAAGAAGGGGGUGAAUCUCCUCAGCACAAAGUCGAAGAGCAGCCAGUGGAAGGUGGACUCGGAGGUGCAGUCCGGAGCCAAGCACUCCAUCGCUACGGUGGAAGUCAGCAAGAUGAAAGGUGUUUCUGGCGAUGUGACUGCCAGCCUUGAAAUCAUGCAGCUGGAUUUUGAAAUGGAGAACUUCACGAGCCAGUCGGUAACCAGGAGAAUCAACUGGAACAUUGAUUACCGUGGCCAGAAUCCGCCUCCAGAUUCGGACAAGGUGGUGACCGAGUUGACGGUGGUGCAGAAGGAUAUUCAGGCCAUCAUACCGUUAUCUAUGGACACAGAGAUCAUCAACACAGCCGUUCUGACCGGCCGGACCGUCGCCAUCCCGGUCAAAGUCGUCUCCAUAGAACUCAGUGGGAUGGUCACAGACAUCUCCUCGUUCGUUGAGUGCAAGUCGUCCAACGAGGACAUCAUCAAGGUGUCCAUGAACUGUGACUAUGUGUACGUGAAUGGUAAGGAGACUCGGGGCUCUAUGAAUGCACGUGUGAUCUUCAGUUACGAGCACCUGAACGCCCCUCUGGAGCUCACUGUGUGGGUGCCCAAGCUGCCUCUAAACCUCCAGCUCUCUGAUAACAGCCUUAGCUUUAUCAAAGGAUGGAGGGUCCCAAUCCUGCCUGACCGCAGGUCGACACGUGACAGUGAUGACGAUGACGAUGAUGAGAGGAAGGUGAGCCGUGGCUGCACGCUGCAGUACCAGCGAGCCCAGGUGAAGGUUCUCACCCAGUUCCACACUACCUCCAGCGAGGGCACCAACCAGGUGAUUACUAUGCUGGGGCCUGACUGGCAGGUGGAUGUCACCGACCUGGUGCAGGACUCGCUUAAAAUUGUGGAUCCCCGUGUGGCGGAGUUAGUGGAUCACACCGUGUUGGUGGCCCUGGAGCAGGGAACUACCAUACUGAAGGUUGAAUCCCCACUGGCGGUGGAGGCCAUGUUGGGCGAGGUACCGUUCUCUGUACUGGAUGAUAAAGUUUCCAUAAUGGAUCUGCGUGUCCACGCUAUUUCUGGACUCAGCCUGAGUCUCCAGCCCAGCCCAGGAAACAGUCACACCAUGGUGGCAAAGGCAACAGGGCUACAGACGCUCUCCACUCUUAAACAGGAAGCCAGUCUCUCCAUUUGGGCUUACUUCAGCGACAACACAGCAGCCCCUCUAAGCAUAUAUGACCCCAAGGAUUACAACCUUAAUGCUUCCACACUGGACGACAAGGUGGCCUCCAUUUCUCAGGAGCCUCAGCAAAGGUGGCCGGUCAUCGUUGCAGAGGGGGAGGGAUCCGGGGAGCUCGUACGUGUGGAAAUGACCAUAUGUGAAGCCUGCCAGAAGACUAAACGAAAGAGCGUAAUCGCUUCUUCUCCAGUUCAUGUGAAAGUGCGGUUUGGGCCUGACGAGGACUCGGAAGAGGAAGAGGUAGAGGUGGAGUUGGAGCCUAAAGUGCCACUCAACACAAGGAGACCGAGCCUCGAUCCUAACACGGGUGGUACUGGAUACGAGCCAUCAAAUGAGCAGCCUGCAAGCGUGCCAAUUGACUAUACCAAUUUCCCUACUAUCAGUAACCAGGAUCGGCCAACUGUGGAGGAAGGGGGUGAGGAAGAGGAGUUUACCCACUCGCCUCGCAAUAUGACCGACUUGGAGAUUGGGAUGUAUGCCCUCUUGGGAGUUUUUUGCCUGGCCAUUCUGGUCUUCUUGAUCAACUGCAUUGUGUUUGUCCUCAAGUACCGCCACAAGCGAAUCCCACCUGAAGGUCAAGCCAACAUGGACCACUCCCACCACUGGGUGUUCCUAGGAAACGGGCAGCCCUUACAAGCUCAGAGCGACCUUUCACCCCAGACAGCAGAAAGUCCAAGUAAUCCUUUGGAAGGGCCACAGACUUGCUGCCAUGGAGAUCACCACAGCAGUGGCAGCUCCCAGACAAGUGUGCAAAGCCAAGUGCACGGGCGAGGAGAUGGCAGCUCAGGCGGCUCCACCAAGGAGCAUGGCGAAGAUGCAAGUUCUCCCACAUCCAAGCGCAAACGAGUGAAAUUCACCACCUUCACCACACUUCCUGCUGACGAGCUGCCCUACAACUCAAUCCCCAUCGCAGACGACGAUGAUAUCCAGUGGGUGUGUCAGGACAUGGGGUUCCAGGACCCUGAAGAACUACACGACUACAUGCGCAGGAUAAAAGAAAUAGCCUAAUGGUGGCUUUGGGAUUUCUUAAACAAACCUUUCCUUUCUAAUCUUCUCCCCCCCCCCCCCCCCCCUCACUCUUAAGAAUUUAUCUUUUCACACGAAUGGAGAAUGUGACCAAGGGCCUCCUGUCCUGUUUCUCCGGGGUGAUACUUUGCACAGUGCUCUUGCUCUUUUAAACGUUCACGUUUUUGGAACUGUUGCUUAAAAACUGUGGAUGGAAAGCCAAAUACGAGACUAGGUGAUCUUUUACAUCGCUAGCACAAAUGGCUUUAGAGUGUAUGUCAGUCUUUCUCAGGCAAAGAGGACAUACAAUUUUGAAGGGAACACACAGACUUUUGAGUUCUGAGCAGUGGUGUCAAAAUGGAUUCCUCAAUUACUUCAUCAGUCUGGUUGGGAGACGGUAUGGGUCACCCUUCUGUGGACAGGAUAUUUCUCAGAAUAAUGCCACACUGUGUCCGUAGUUGUUUGGUCUUUUGUUUUGGGGUUUUUUUUGUUUGUUUUUUGUUUUUUUUGGGGGGGGGUUCUCUUUUUCAAACAUCCAAGUAUUCUCCAACAAAGAGGCCUUUGUAGUGCAGAUUUCCAUUGUACUCAGAGAAAGGUAUUUCAGGAGGGGUCGUCUUCACGUCAUCAUUGGCAAUCUAAUUCAGUAAAUAUCAAAGACCAUAGAGCAUUGUGGCUAGUGUUGACAAAUAUUGUCUCUCUCUUCCAUUUUUCAUCAUCAUCUUUGUGCCACAUUAUUUUUUUUAUGAUUAUUAUUAUUACGUUUUGUGUGUGUAGCAUUUUCUACAUCAUACUACGUCCAUUUGGCAUGACAUCUCCGGUUCACUCAUUUUCCUGGUAAAGUCAGAUGCCUUAUUAAAUCACUUUUAAUCAUCACAACCUUUGUGUUGACACCAUGUUUGUUUACAUCCCAAAGGGCCAAUGCAAAAUGGGUAACUACCCAGACUACUGUGUGUAAUUGAAAUUGAUAUUAGCAGAGGCGAAGGAAGCCGCUUUAUAUGUUAUGACAUUAAAAUAUCUUCAUAUCUCCAGCAUUCGUAUGCAUGAAAGGAGAGUCUGAGACACAGCCAGCUGUUAUUCCCCCCCGAUUUGUAAAUGUGUGUCUUGUGAUAAUUAUCUAAUCAUACAUACAUACAUACAUUCAUAAAGAACAGUAGAGGACAUAUAAUGUUGUGACAUGCUUUACAUGCAUGCAGUUCCAGACACUUUGCCUCGUGUACAUACCAUAUUAUUGUCUCCUGACGCUCAUCGUUAAUUCACCUUCAUGUUUCAGUUCUCCUCGAGAGAGGAUAGAUACAGAGGGGUUGACAUCUAUGGGUUUAGCCUUAGCAUUUACUUAAAAUUUGCCUGGUGGAAAAGCUAAUUCACUGAAGGGGAAAGGAAGCGGGACGUGAAAGAAGCGCAUUUGCUUCUGGUAGCGUUUACUUUCGCUUCAUGGCAACUUUAUCUAUGUGAACUGUUUUGUGCGUCAAUUAAAAAAAAAAGAGGACGGGGUUGAGCCAUCUCAUAUACCAACAUACAUGCUAAAGUUUUUGUGAUAAAUUAAUUCUCUCUCUCUCUCUCUCGUAUUUUCCUGUUAGCAAGGUUGGUACCUCUGUAGCGAUUUGUCAGUCAUUUCAAUCUCUCUUUUUUUCCCCAUUAUAGUUCAUGAAAUGAAAUAAAAAUGAAUGCUAAUUAAAACAGAAGAAGGCUACAGAUGUGUGAAUCUGUGCUGUAGAUAAAUAAAAUUGUGUUCACUAAUUUUUAUUUUUAUUGCGAAAUUGUUUACUCUUAUUUAUACCAGUUGUUUGUUCAUGUUGAUUUUUUUUUUUUAAUUAUUAAAAUAAGACUGGGCGUAAUGCAUUAUUAUGUUUGCCUUUUUUACACUAGUAAAUGCCAGUUGUUGGUAAAAACACAAAAAUUACGCCUUGUUAUAUCUCUUUAGUUAUUUACAUAUUUGCAACUUUAUUGAUACACUGAUUAUAUAGAUGCAGUAGUUUUUUGUUUUUUUUAAAAAGCACACAUUAAAGUUAAUGUACGCACUGAAACUGCGAUUUACUAGUGUAGAAAUGUUUUUGUUUGAGUUUCGUAGGUUGGGGACUGACUGUUUCUAGGGAUUAUGAUUUUGGAACGUUCCCCUCAUUUUCAGACAUUCGUUCACAAACACACAUUCCUUUCUCCAUCGUGUGUAACUCAUGUCUGGCUCACGUACAGUAAGAAAUGACUGGAACAUGACUAAAUGUAUGUGUGUCAUUUUGUUUAUUUGUUGGAUUUAUCCUGGCUAAACAGUGACCUUUUGCACUGAAGCUCAGAAUCACAGAGGACCCGAUCCUGACCCCUGCAGCACCUCCUAAACUACAAUCACAGCAACCCCAGUCUUUUUAAUUCAAGAUUUAUAUUAAAAGUAUGUACUGGAGCUCAUGGAAUUUAUGUAAGUUAUGAAAAUGAAACAGGUCAUCCUGUAUAUUUUUCUUUCUAUUUUUCCAAAUAACACAUUUCCGAGGUUUUACCCGUUAAGUGUCAGUAAGAUAUUUGGGAUUCCGACCCAAAGCAAUUCACACGUACAGCAAUGGUGGCUCAGGAUGAAUGUAAAUUCAAAAUGGAGUAACAUGUCCAGUGUAUUACUACGGUCAACAACUAGGGCGCUAAUGCUUAAUAAAUGUACCGGCAAGUUUCUAGUAGCAACUCACACAAGCUGGUUUUUCUUUAAUAAUUCAGUUCGAUGUCACCAACGAAAGAAUGUUACCAACUUUUUGCAUUUCAUAUUGUUUCUUUCAUGUAUGCACAUGUGCAAAUAUGUAUGCACAUGUGUUUGCCGUUUUGAAACCAGUGUCAUUUUUUUAAAAGGAGGUGCUACUAGGUCUUUGCCAUGACCUCAUCAUCUGAUGUGGACUUGUACGUUAAGCUCGACUCCAUGGGAACCCGCUACAGCACGGAAAUGGCAGUGCUGUUCUGCCUCACUCUUAAAAUGUACAGAGCACUGUUAUGACUUCCUGUAUUUUCCUGGAUUAAAAAAAUAUAUAAAAAUCAAACCCCCUUGUAUUCCCCACUUAUAUGUAAGUACUUACGAAAAUACAAUACAGAAACCUU